UCCAGCAGCAGAAGUCAACCAGGAAACGAAGGAGCAGACAAACAGCACCGUCCCGGGCUGACGGCUGAACGACGACUCAAACCAAGACCGUGUCAAACUCCACGGCUUCUCAAUUUAAUAUUUAGUUAGAUACAGUGUAGCGUCAUGGCUUCCCUUUUCAAGAAGAAGACUGUCGAUGACAUCAUCAAGGAACAGUCUAAGGAGCUACGAGGCACUCAGAGACAGAUCACCAGGGACCGAGCAGCGCUGGAGAAACAAGAGAAACAAAUGGAGAUGGAGAUCAAGAAAAUGGCAAAAAGCGGAAACAAGGAGGCAUGUAAGAUCCUCGCAAAGCAGUUGGUCCAGCUGAGGAAGCAGAAGAACCGGACGUACGCUGUGAGCUCCAAGGUCACCUCCAUGUCAACGCAAGCUAAAGUCAUGAACUCCCAAAUGAAGAUGGCUGGUGCCAUGUCCACCACAGCCAAGACGAUGCAGGCUGUGAAUAAGAAAAUGGAUCCACAGAAAACGCUGAAGACCAUGCAGGACUUCCAGAAGGAGAACAUGAAGAUGGAGAUGACAGAGGACAUGAUUAACGACACUUUAGAUGAUAUUUUCGAUGCCUCUGAUGAUGAAGAAGAAUCUCAGGACAUCGUCAACCAGGUCCUGGAUGAGAUCGGCAUCGAGAUCUCAGGAAAGAUGGUCAGAGCACCAGCUGCAGGAAAAAGCAUCCCCAGUUCCGCCUCCUCCAAACAAGCCACCAUUUCUGACGACGAGAUCGAGAGACAACUUCGAGCUCUGGGAGUGGAUUAAUUAUCCGUCUUGUUAUUGUUUACAUUCUAAACUGGUGCAACUCAAAACUGGUUGAUGCAGCCUCUGUCAGACGCACUGGUUUAGUCAGGUUUUAAGUGCUACACUAUUACACACACACACACACACAGUCAAAGGCAAACAGGCAGGCUGAUGUUUACUCGCAUUGUUAUGCUUAUUGCCUUAAAGUUCAUUGGACACGUAUUUAUGAGAACAUAUUUAUUAUGUCAUUUGAAAGGCCACAAGUUGGCCCAAAUAAUGAUGUAAAUUUGCCUUUUAAAGGGCUACAAAUGCUUCUUGGAAUUGGCUUUUUCAUCUAGCAGGUUUCGUCACUCUGUAGUUAGUCCAGGAAGUUUUAAUGAAAGAAAUAGUUAUUAAAAAGAGCUUGAGGGUGGUCAAGAAACAGAUGGAACAUGCUUCCUGUUUCUCAGACCAUUUACCGUCUGUCUGUGUUGCUCUUGCUUCGUUUAAAACCAUCGCACUUGCUUUCUCUGAGGCGAACCGUCUCCAUUAAAGCCCCCAGUGGACACAUUUGCAUUUUCUUACUAAAGCUCUGGAAAUUUACAUGCAGGUGUUAGAAUAACCAUCAUUAAGUUUGAAGCUUCAACUUAAAUCCUGACUCAAUGAAACACUGGCAGAGUUUUAAAUUGAUUGUCUGUUGAUACAUGGGAAUGAAAUGAGGUUUUGUGUUUUGGCUUCUUGGUUGUUUUGAUUUAAUGAGCGAUUGCAGGAAAGCACUGGUUCUGCAGUCCCUUUUCUCUACCAGCUGCUGUGCAGUUACUUUCUUUAGGAAUUAAAAGCCGCCUCUUACAAAAGAAACUACACACACACACUACAGAUACUGAACAAUGGAAGUGAAUGCUGAAGUGACACUGUGAUAUAACAUGUUUUAUGUCAGGUUUUCCAACUAAGUGAACUGUUAAUGUCAGCAGCUUCUGGCUUUUGUGAGAGAGACGGCAAAAUCUGCUCAUGUAAAGUAAUUUUUUCCCCCCUUUCAGGCCCUUCUUUUCCAUAUUAGUUCCUUUUUCCAAAAUGAACUGAAAAUGUGUCAUUCAUGCUCGUGUGUGACAUAUAAUAGACUCCAAUGAGGUUCUGCUAAUUAUUUCUCCCUAUAUCAUGAACCAGACCAAGGUAAUUACAGAAUUGCAUUUAGGCUCUUCUGAGAAUUUGAUGAGCUUGACUGGGUAGAAUUUUAUGUAAAAGGUUUUCAUGCUGAUUUUUGUUGACUUCUCUCAUUGUAAAUUGGCUCUGUAAAAGGUUUAUGGCUUUUAUAAGGAAUA